CACAAAGGAGAGGCGCGGCCGGCGGCGGACCGCGGCUGGCCUUAUCACAGGCACACAGUCGCCGCGCGCGCCUCGCGACGAACGUCUCGCGACUUAUACGCGGUCUUGACCUGCGACCUGCGACCCGGGACCGGCGACACACCGUGUCCCCUGACUCGUGAUAGUGAGUGAAACAUUAAACCUGUGAACACGUGUCGUCCGCGCACUGCGCAUCUCACCUAUAUUUUUAUUGGUCGGAAGUUUGAAGCACGCGGCCGUUUGUAAUAUAACAAAACGGCCGAACUGUCAAAAAUUGUAAACACAACACACGUGCCGACUCGCAAUAAGCGAGAGGCAAAGAUGACAACGAAGGGAAAGCGUCCUAUGCGCGCCCUCACACCCGGAGAUAAGAUCGAGGCCAUACAGAGGGUCAACGACGGCGAGUCCAAAGCCUCGGUCGCUCGUGACAUAGGAGUGCCCGAGUCCACGCUGCGGGGCUGGUGCAAGAAUGAGGACAAGCUCCGCUACAUGACCUCGAGGUUGUCCUCCCCCGACACCGACAAGAGCAACGACGGGGAGCCGCCGGACAAGCGCGCGCGCACCGAGUCCCCGACAGCUCCUCAGUCACCCAUCAACACCGGCCUGGAUCUUUCUAGCGCGGUCUCCGUUACUCACAGCACCACCCAGCCUCCGCCGCAGGCCGAUGUCCCCGUCGAGCUCACUACCAAGCGCAGCGAGCCCUCGCCCCCACUCCAUCCGCCACGAGAGCGCCGACCGGACCCCGGAGCCAGCGUCUCCAUGAGCGCCAUCAGCCCGCUAUCGGGAUUGGCCCAUCUACCAGGACUUACACAUUCUCACCUCGGAUUGAGCUUCAAUGAAAUCGCAAACAACCUAACACUCCUCGCUCAACUGAACCCCGGACUGUCGACGCUGUCGGCGCAGCCGGCGAGCAGAGCGCUGCGGUCUGUGCGCUCGCCGAAGCCAGCUCACAACGGAGUGCUUAACUUGAACGAAAACAAACAUCGCAGCAAAUCAAACCACUCAUCGGACCCGUACAGACACAGCGGGUCCAAGUCGAGUCACCACACUACUUCGCAAUCAGCGUCUCAGCCCGUCGACGACACGCUGUGGUACUGGCUCAAAACUCAACAGGCCAUGCUAGAUUUGACUUCCCAAACAACGGCUCAUCCGUUGCAAUUAGGAAAAACUAGCGAUCCCACUCUGCCGCCUAAGCCCGUGGCGCCCACGCCGCCCGUCAGUUCGCACCUCGACUACAACAGAAACUCUUGGCUGUGGCAGUAUUACAAACAGUUCGGUGGAGCCAUGCCGGUUCCGGAAGACAAGCACAAGCCGGCGUCACAGGUACCGAAAGACAAGUCCGGAGACAUCUUGUUCUCGCAUUUAACUAAAGCGAAGCCGGAGGACGACCGGAGCAUCAUUAGUCCAGACCAGAGCCAAACUCUGUCGGCUAAAGUCCGCGAGACAGUCCCGCCGCCGCUCCCGGCCGCUCCCGCAGAACCUCGAGUGGCCGAGCCCGCCUCGAGCCCGGACGUCGGCACGGAGAAUAAGGAACCCUCAGUAGAGAAACCCAUCGAGUCCGGCAGAAGCCAAACCAAGGCCAGAAACGUGCUCGACAACUUACUGUUCAACAGCAGCCAAGCGGCCAACGAAGAGAAUAAGAGCAACGGCUCCACGAACGGCGAGUGGGAGGCGGGCACGGUGGAGGCGCUGGAACACGGAGACAAGUUCCUCGCGUGGCUGGAGGCCAGCGGCGACCCGAGCGUCACCCGCAUGCACGUGCAUCAGCUCCGAGCACUGCUCCACAACCUCCGCACGCGCCGCGCCGCGCCCGACGCACGCCGCAAGUAACCCCGCGGCCUCCGUCCGGCGCUCGCUACAGGGAAUUAUUCAAUUACAUGUACAUAAUUAGUAUAUAGGUCGUCGCCAGUAAGCGUUCACUUGUGAUAUGUGUAGCCAAAUUUGCGUAAUUUCUUUGUUCUAAAAGAAAAGCUAUGCAUUAAAUCUGUUUACUUUUAGUUUAGUUAAGUUAUAAGUCCGCCGCGGUCUCGGUGAGCUCCGCCGAGCGACCUCCGUGAACACAGCAUUAGAUAGUUCCGCGUUUCAUCGGUCUUUAUAAUCAGAUAUGGUAGUCUUUUAAUGAAUGUUACGCAUUAACCGGCGAACCCUUUAUUUUCGAUGCACGCAUACUCCCUCGUUCAGUACCUAGUGUAAGUAGUGCCGCUGCUGACAUUCCCCUUCAACCCUACUCUAGUAGUUGGAGCCCCGUGUUCUACCUCAAGUCAUGAGCAUAGCUAUGCUAAGUCACGGCGUCCUUUCAAACUCUCGCCUCCGAGACGGCGACACGUGACACGGGACGUGACACUCGUCCCGUCUCCCGUCUCCAGGCUCCUCAUACCAAAUACUGGAAGGAUGUUUCGUCUCGUGUGCCAAUCAUGCGAACAAGGUGUAUUGUUAAGAUAAUUUAUGACUAUUGUGUUAGAGCUAGGUACACGUCUGAUUGUUUUGUAUUGCUCAGUAUUUUAUAUUGUAGACAUGACGUAUGUCGACAUCGGAAUUGUAUUAUAUGUUAAAGUUAACAGUUAAGGACACUGUGAUCAAAAUUAUAAAUUAUUGAGAGAUUAUUAAUAUUGUAAGUACAUUCCUAAUAAAUAGAGUGUAUUAUUGUAUGUUGAACGAUUGUCCAAUGACGGAGGCUUGGUCACGGCGAGGGCCGGGGCAACCGAACCUUCUAGAAGAGUUUAGAGCUCCGUUUCAUUGAAGUAAGAAUAGUUAAUUUGCAUUUCGUGUUAAUUUUAUUAGCUCCACGGGAAAUUAUUUGAGAGAUGUAUUUUGUACAAAAUUACAAAUUGAAAUUAUUAAAAUUAUACUCCUUACACAAAGUAUGUGAUCUUGAAAUGUUGAAGAAUUAAAGAUUAACCUUUA